AUGAGCUUUGCUUAUUUACAAAAUAAUUUUCACAAUGGGCAAUUAAAGAAAAAUUCUUUAAAUAUAUUUGUUAGCAUUAUUUUUUUAAAAAGAAACAAACAUGAUUUUAUAUAUAAUAAGAGUUACAAUAAUAGAAUAUGUAAAGAAUUAAAAAAUAGUAAUUUUUCAUCUUUAGUGUUUUUUCGCAAUUUUUCUUUAUUUACAAAUCUUAUAAAUAAUAAAUGUCCAGAGAGAAAUGAUUCUAAAAUAACAGAAAAUUGCUUCAAUUAUGUUGAGUAUUUAAAUAGAAAUGAAAAGAAGUGUGAUGAAAAUAAAGAAGAAACAAGUUACGAAUCUUUAGAAAAUGAAAAUAACUCAAUAAAUGAAAAAAACAUGCUUAAUAAAAAUAGUGUGUUUAGUGAAAAAAUAUUAGAAGCAAAUGGUGAAUGCUACGCUACCAAUUCCUACAUAAAUUUUAUAAUAGAAAAAUGUAAAAAUAAUACGAGAAAUGAUGUAGAUAUUUAUGAAGAUACAUGGUAUGUUAAAUUAAUAUAUGAAUUAUUGAAUUCUACAAAAACUAUUUUUGAUUGUUCAUGGAUGACUUCUAUCAUAGCCACAACCAUUCUUAUGAGAAUAAUUAUUUUACCGUUAACAGUAUCGGCAGAAAGAGAUAGAAGAAAACAAAAAAUUCUAAAUCCUUUAAUAAAGGAUUUAACAAAUAAAUUAAAAAUAAAUGCUCAAGAAGGAAAUGUAAAAAAAGCAUUGGAGUAUAAAAAAAGAAUUUUUAAUAUAAGAAAUACUCAUGGAAUUUCUUUAAUACCAAAAUCAAUUAUAUUGAUGACUUUUUUUCAAACUCCAUUAUUUUGUGUUUUUUAUUUUUCUAUGAAAAAAAUUUCUUCUUAUCCUGAUAUAUUUAAAGAUUUUACUUUUGAAUCUCCCCUAUGGCUAGAUAGCUUAUCUUUACCAGAUCCCUAUUAUAUCUUACCAUUUUUAUCUUCAUUAUUAUUAUUAUCAAAUCAUGAAUUAACCUCAUUAAUUGAUAAAAACAUAAAUAAUAAUAAGCAAAGUGAACUUCAUUUAGAAGAAAGUGAAUUUCAAAAAAAUAUUAGAAAGGCUACAAAGAUAGGCAUGAGAUUAUUUUAUAUUUCUUCAGUGUUCUUUUUUAAAUCUAUGCCUUCAGGAUUAUUUAUUUAUUUUAUUACUAAUACUUUCUUUCAAUUAUUUAUUACUCAAAUAUGUAAAGCUAAAGUUGUAGAGAGAUUUCUAGAUUUACCACCGUUGCAUUCUAAAGGUUUCUCUUUUGAUAAUAAUGAUAAUCAAAUUAGUUUAAAAAAAAAGAAUAUACAUAUGGAUGAUUUUCUUAAAAAUAAAACAAAAUAA